GGCAACGGCCACGCCCCUAAAUAGAACAAAGGGGCGGAGCUCGAUAGUACUCGGGGAACAACGAUUCAGGAAACGGAGUACAUUUGUGGAGAUUUUUAGCACGGUCAUAAGCAUCGGGGAUGAACAUUCUUCCCAAAAAGUCGUGGCACGUCCGCAACAAAGACAAUGUGGCUCGCGUACGACGGGACGAAGCGGAGGCUGAAGUUCAGAGGCAAAAGAGGGAGGCCCGCGUCCUGUUAGCUGAACAGGAGGCCCGGACUGAAUUCUUACGGAAGAAAGCACGUCUGUCAGAUGCAGGAGGUGAUAAGAGUGAUUUAGACCUUGUUUCUUUGGAUUCAAAAAAGCCCUCAGGACACCUUAACCUCUUUCAGGGGUUGCAAGAGGGCGGCAACAAAGAAUAUGAGGAGGAGAAGAAGCAGGAAAAGGUAAUGGUGGAAAACUAG